GUCCUUCUGCGCGUCUGGACACGUCGGAGCCCGCACCAGAUCCCGUACCGAGCGCUGGCCGGAUGGAGCGCCCGCAGCCCGACAGCAUGCCCCAGGAUUUGUCAGAGGCCCUGAAGGAGGCCACCAAGGAGGUGCACAUCCAGGCGGAGAAUGCCGAGUUCAUGAAGAACUUCCAGAAGGGCCAGGUGACCCAAAAAGGCUUUAAGCUGGUGAUGGCCUCUCUUUACCACAUCUACGCGGCCCUGGAGGAGGAGAUCGAGCGCAACCAGGACAACCCGGUCUACGCCCCCCUUUACUUCCCAGAAGAGCUGCACCGCAAGGCUGCCCUGGAGCGGGACAUGGCCUUCUGGUACGGAGCACACUGGCAGGAGGCCAUCCCCUACACACAGGCCACACGGCGCUACGUGCGGAGGCUCCAGGACGUGGGGCGCAGGCAGCCGGAGCUGCUGGUAGCCCACGCCUACACCCGCUACCUUGGCGACCUGUCGGGGGGCCAGGUCCUCAAGAAGAUCGCUCAGAAGGCCCUGGCCCUGCCCAGCUCCGGGGAGGGCGUGGACUUCUUCACCUUCCCCAACAUCGCCAGCCCCACGAAGUUCAAGCAACUCUACCGCUCCCGCAUGAACUCUCUGGAGAUGACCCCCGAGGUCAGGCAGCGAGUCCUCGAGGAGGCCAAGACUGCGUUCCUGCUCAACAUUCAGCUGUUCGAGGAGCUGCAGGAGCUACUGAGCCGGGACGCCGAGGACCAGAGCCCCUCGCAGGCCCCGGGGCUGCGCCGGCGUGUUGGCAGUGGGGUGCAAGACUCGACUCCCACGGAGACUCCCAGAGGGAAGCCCCAGCUCAGCCUUCUCUCCCAGGCACCGCUCCUCCGAUGGGUCCUUACACUCAGCUUCCUGGUGGCAACGGUUGCUGUGGGGCUUUAUGUCAUGUAA